AUGGAGGCAGAUAGCGAGUUCGAUUUUUCCCCCCUCGAUGCUCUAGCCGGUAUUUGUGGCUCUGUUGGCACGGUGAGCUUGGAUGACAGCGUCGCUAAUGACGCUGACCAGGAGUUUGAUGACAAAGGAGAGGAGGAAGAAUACGAAGGCGAGGAGGAAGAAACCGAAAGCGACGAGGAACAUUCCGAGGGCGAGGAUGAAGAAGAAGGCGAGGAGGAAGAAGAUGAAGGAAAGCGCGGGUACCUUGACAUUGGCAUCAACGUGGCCAUCACCGAUUCCCAGCUAUCCCGGCUAGAGCGCGCGGCAGCACAGUCGGGAAUCCCGCUUCGUCCAGCACGCUUCCGCCAAUCGGUGAUCAGCUUCGGCGGGACUACUGCACCAACCCGGCCUGCGAAGAAACGUAUGCGCACACCUUUGCCUCCCCGACCAGAGCCUGUCGCGGACAACGAUUGGCUGGCGGAAAUGGACGAGGAGAAGAGGAAGGCAUUCAAGAUUCCUGCGUCAGAGCAGGCUAUGGCGCGGCACUUCAACCCAGUGUGGAAGCUGCAAUACCCGUGGCUGACGCUCGAGUUCGACCCUAAGCUUAUGCAGUAUGGCAUGAAGUGCAAGGUCUGCAAAACGCACGCACCACAUACUAAGUCCCCGUUUGGUCGAGGUGGUGCAGGUGGUCGCGACUUCCAGAAGAACGCGUGCAAGUCUCACGAUCAUUCCAAGGUUCACCUGGCUGCCAUGACCGCCGAGCGCCUCGCACAAGGGACGGAGACAGUGCAGCACAAUCAAGGAUGCCCUGACCUCAAGAACGACGACACGUACGGGCGGUAUUUCUCACGGUGA